AUGUUCCACACCUUCGAAGGGUUCGAGAACCCCGGUCUCCCGUCGACUGCUGCGCGAGAUCGCAGUCAACGCCAACAAUCCGUUGGGCGCCGGGUCACUACGCUUCGUGCUUGCACAUCCUGUCGGCAUCGGAAAAUCAAAUGUGAUGGCGAAAAGCCAUGUGAAGCGUGUAGAUGGUAUAAAAAAGCAGACUUGUGUCAGUAUUCAGAUCCUCGGCCGUCUCGCAGGCAUGUGGAGAAACUGUCAACCACACUCGAUGAGUUUCGCGGGGUAUUGGAAAAGCUUUUCCCGGGCAUUGCAGCGGAGACCCUAGUAAACUUGCCUCGGGAGAAGCUCCUAGAGCUGACAGGCAAGGGGGCAUCCCAGGUGCAGACGCAAGCGCCACAUCCGGCAUCUCCAGCAACCUCGGCAUCGAUGGAGGCACACACAUCCCCGGCGUCCAGCGAAGAUGGCAACCUCGAGUCCUUGCAGACAAUACCCGAUCAUAUAAGCGACAAUCGCGACUUGAAGACUCCCGAAUUUACGGGUGCUAUAUCUGACGAUGUCAAUGCUCUGUCUCUUUCGUCCAAGCAACCAUCCUCCUAUCUCGGCGUGUCUUCCAUUCAUGCCGUGCUGAAAGUGAUCGUCUGGUUAGAACCAGGAUCCCUUUGCCACCUCUCUCGCGCUCCAGCGGUCGGUGUUCAAAGAGAAUCAAUCAUGGAUAUUGCUUCUCCUGAGGUCCAGAACUGGCAGGUCUACGGCUCCCAGCAACGGCAUGACACACCAACACAUACUCCAUUGCAAGUGCCCGAGUCGCAGUUGCUCGACUCUUACUUCACCUACUUCCAACCCUUUGUACCCAUGUUGGAUGAGCAGUCCUUUCGUCAAACCUACCUUUCUGGACGCCGAAAAGAUGAGCAAUGGCUUGCAUUAGUCAAUAUUGUCUUUGCGUUAGGCAGCAUAGCAGCAUGCCCUGCGGAGGACCUGUCUCACAAAGUCUAUUACAUGCGCUGCAAGAGCUACCUCACUUUGGAAAGCCUUGGAUCUCCGCACGUGGAGACUAUCCAAGCGCUGGGUCUAAUGGGUGGCUAUUACCUUCACUAUACCAGCCAGCCCAACCUAGCGUACUCCAUCAUGGGGGCCGCCUUACGCAUGGCGGCUGCUCUGGGAUUGCAUAAGGAAGUUUCCGACAAUCAGUAUGGCAACAGCAGACAGAAACUAUUCUCAAUUGAUCAGAGACGUCGAGUAUGGUGGUCCCUCUUCUGCCUAGACACGUGGGGUGGCAUGACUCUGGGGCGACCCAGUAUGGGUCGCCUUGGUCCGACAAUCACGGUUAAGCUGCCACACUAUAGAGAAACAGGGAAUGUGCUCGACAUCCUGCCACUUCUGGAGAACGUUCGCUUCUGCAAGAUUGCCACUCAGAUACAGGAAGUUCUGGCAGUAGCCCCUUUGACAAAACCCCACGAAAUGGCGCACCUUGAUAGCCAGCUUCUUGAAUGGUAUAAUAAUCUCCCUUACAUUCUCAAGGAUCAUGAGCCAUGCUCCGAGUCGAUCGCAAUCACGAGGACCGUCAUGAAAUGGCGAUAUUGUAACCAGCGCAUGCUACUAUACCGCCCCACGCUGCUGAGCUACGCUAUGCGCCGAGUGCCAUACAUUGUGCUCAGGUCUGAGGAGCGGACAGCAAUCGAACGAUGCAGAGAAAUUGCUGAGGCCACCAUCCAGGACGUGGCCACCAAAGCUCAGUUUCAUCAGAUGUCCGGCUGGAACGCAGUAUGGCUUAUCUUCCAAGCCGCAAUGGUUCCGCUCCUCGGGCUGUUUCUCAAUGACAGCACGGUCGAUGACCCGAGAGCCACCAUCGAAGCUUGUCAGGCUCAAGUAGAGACAACAAUGCUGGUUCUGGAACGUCUUGAACCUUGGAGCCCAGCCGCGAAAUCGACGCUGGAGGCUGUCUCCCGGAUAUUUGAGGCCAGUAAACGAGGCUCCAAUGUUGUCGGAGAAGCCCAAAGCGUUCACGGUGGUAGCUCUGCCACAUCAUGUGAAGACACUACCCCUAGAAUGGUCCCGGGAGUUCUUCCUUCACAAGUCGAUGUGAGUCGAAUGAUGAUGCACGAACAAGGAUAUGUCGAUCCAUUUGAACCACCGUUUAUUGAUGACUCGGCUGGACAAUAUCUUUGGGAUUUCCUGAGCUGGAGUGACAGCAACUUGCUACAAGGCUUGGUCGAUAUUGACAAUGUUAAUCAUGCUGCCUUGUUCACUCAGGAGGAAAGAGGUGCCAAGUUUGGCAAUAACGAGGCAGCAUAUUUUGGCACCCAAAUGGUGGAUUCAACAUUUUUUCUUAACUCAGUGACACCUUUCUACUAG